GACCCCAUGGAGCUGGGCCAGGCCCGGCAGGUCUAUCUGGUGACGGGCGGCUGCGGGUUCCUGGGUUCCCACCUGGUGCGGAUGCUGGUGGAACGGUCGCCCAACGUGGCCCAAGUGCGCGUCUUCGAUCUGCAGCUGGAUCCAGCCUUGGGACAGCUGGGGACAGAGAAGGUGGCAGUGACAUUGAUCCAAGGGGACGUCAGCAGCCCCACGGACGUGGGGGCCGCAGUGGAGGGGGCCGACGUGGUGAUCCACACAGCAAGCUGGGUGGAUGUGUGGGGCAGGGUCCCGCCCGAGAAGAUCACGGAGGUGAACGUGCACGGGACCAGGAAUGUGAUUGACGCCUGCAUUGAGCACCGGGUCCAGUAUCUCAUCUACACCAGCAGCAUGGAGGUUGUGGGGCCCAACACCAAGGGGGAUCCCUUCUACAGGGGGAACGAGGACUCGGCCUAUGACGCCCUGCACGAGCAGCCGUACCCCCUGAGCAAGGCGCGGGCUGAGCACAUGGUGAUCGAGGCCAAUGGGACGCCUCUGGGGGGCGGCCGGUGCCUGGUGACCUGCGCCCUGCGCCCCACGGGCAGCUAUGGGGAGAAGCAUCCGCUGAUGAAGGAAUUCUACAACAUGGAGAUCCUGGGCUCCUGCGGCUUCCGGCUCCUGGGCUCCCGGCCCGUCGUGCCCUACUGGCUCCUGCGCUGCCUGGCCCUGGUGAACGUUCUCCUCCGCCGCCUCCUCCAGCCCUUCUGCUCCUACGCCCCCCUCCCCAACCCCUACACCCUGGCCGUGGCCAGCACCACCUUCACGGUGCAGACGGACAAGGCCCAGCGCCACUUCGGCUACCAGCCCCUCUACACCUGGGAGGAGUGCCGCGCCCGCACCGUGGCCUGGAUCCAGGAGGUGGACGCCCAGAGAGAGGCAGGGAAGUAGGGCGGGCAGGAGCCAGAGCUGGAGCCGGAUCCGAGCGGCGGUCUGGGCAGCCGGGUUUUGGUUCCAGCCCUGCAAUAAAUCCAGUUCCGGACAGAGGGAUCCAGAGCUGGGUGUGGUGGAGCACUGAAUCCAGAUCCGGGUUUUGGCUCCAGCCCAGGAGGGACAGAGCAAGGGAUGUGGGACUCCGGGUCCUCCCUCCUUUGCUUGGAUCUUACCUGCACCCUUCCAGGGAAUCAGGCUCCGUGGAGUUGGAAUCCGGAUCUGGGUCUUGCUUCCAAGUUGUGUCCCUCAGUUCAGGGGAAUGUGCCAGUCCAGGUCUUGGCUCAUUCCAGCACGUGGUGGAUUUAGUUAGGUUGGGAUCCGUAUCCGCGUUUCGCUCCUGGAGUCCAGGUUUUGCUUCCACCCCACGUGCAUUCCAGCAGACAAUCCCUCUCCACUUGCAAAUGGAUCCAGAUCCGGAUUUUGUUACCAUCCUUGUGCAUUGGACUCUCUGCUACCAUCUAAUGCUCCCCGUGCACACCUGGGGAGGAACCAGCUCUGUGGUUAAGGAAUGGGGACCCAGAGUUCCUCUCCAGCCCUAUGUCAUCUCAGAGGAGAGUCAGACAGCGGGACCCAGAUCCUAUUCAAGAAAUCUGGGUCCCGGAUUUUCCAUCCACCCCGGAGCCAGACCCACCCAGAGCCAGCUUGCUCCUAUAGGAUCCAGCUCCAGGUUCAAUCCUCCCCUGUAUCGCUCAGUGGAUCAGACUCCAGAUCCCUGUCAUAUGUGAAUAAUCCGGAUGCAGGUUUUGCACCCACCCAGAUGCAUUAGUGCAGUGGAUCCGGGUCAAUAGAAAUCCGGAUCCAGGUUUUGCACCCACCCAGAUGCAUUAGUGCAGUGGAUCCGGGUCAAUAGAAAUCCGGAUGCAGGUUCGGCAUCAGUCGCGCAUACCCCAGACACCAACGCAACAGGAUUAGCCUGCUCAGAGAAUCUGGAUCUGGCUUUUGCCUCCACCCAAAUGCAUUACAGCUAAGGAUCCAGAGCCGGAUUUUACUUCCAACCCCCAGUGUUACCACAGAUGCUCAGUGUCAAGCUCCCACUUGAGGAAUCCAGAUCCGGGUUUUAUGUCUAUCCUCCCACCACACGCUGAGAUCUGGAUUGUCUAGAGCCGGGUCCUCUUCAGAUCCGGGUUUUGCAGCCAGCCCAGGUGAACGUCUGACCUGGAUCCAGAUCCAGGUUUUGAUCCCAGCCCGGUGUCUGGCUGACUGUGCAAUCCAGCAGGAUCCGGACCUGGGUUUUACCCUGCCCUGCACCAGCCUGGAGGGGCUGACUCCAGAUCCCAGCCUGCCCGGACAGGUCCAGCUCUGGGCUUUCUUCGUGCAUUAAUAGCGAUUCCAGCAUUAAUUUCUCCAAUCGUGUAUUAUUAAUUAUUAUUAUUAUUAUUAUUUUAUUAUUAUGCUAAUUAUGAUAAAGGGCCUAAAGCCAACUGCAUAUUGAACACGGAUGCACCCAGCAGCGUCUGGUAACGUCUGUGUUAAUUAAAGCACUAAAAGGUCCCUUGGAACUGGAGAAAAGGUUAUUUCUGGAGGGGGCCGGGGGCCUGUCCCCUCUAGGGGUGCUGGCUUUGA